AUGGGACUUAAGAGAAAGCCCCCGACCAGCUUAUUCGACCUCCUCGAGGGUCAACCGGGGAAGGGUGCGCAGGGAACUCCGCAAUCCAAUGCUCCGUCCCCACUACCUCAGCCCCAGACUACCCAGACUAGGUCAUCCUCCAUAAAGUCACAGUCACAAUCCCCCCGCCCCAAACUUCCUGCUCCUCCCCAACCAUCUCUGCCUCCUCGGUCGGAGGGCACUGAUUCAAAGAGAAAGAGGAGUCUCAAGGGUAAGGAAACCAUGGAUGGGGGAAAAUCCCAACCUUCUAAGGAAAGGGAGGAAGCCCCGCGUGCGAAACAAUUGAAGAUUGAGCACCAAAGCAAGGGUAAGGAGACCGAAGCCCAAUCUUCCCAAGGCAAGGGAAAGGGGAUCGAGGCCCAAUCCUUGCCAAGCGCCUGGCUUCCCGCCCCAAUGCUCCACGGGGGGCCACUGCUGGAAACUGCGUCCAUGAGGGACCUUGGAGAUGGCGAAGGUGGUUAUGUGGCAGACGCACUAGGGAGGACCAUGCUACUUCCCACCGACGUGGAUGGGUUGAAGAAAAUGAGGAUGCAGGAGGUUUUCCUCAGCAUGAAGAGGCACUUGGGCAUGGCUCUCCAGGCCACCUACAGGAUGGAGGAGGAAGUGGACAAGCAGAGUAAGGUGGCCGAGAAUGAACGCUCCAAGCGCUUAGAGGCCACGCGGACUCUCAAAGCUUCCGAGGACGACCUUGCCAAGGCCAAGGCUGCCUUAACAGAAGCUAUCCGAGAUAGGGAUAGCGCCUCGGCGUGUUUAGCUAGCGCCCAAAAACAGGCCGAAAACCAAACAAAACGUCUGCUAGAAGCCGAGAAUCAGUUGCGAAUAGCCAAGGAGCAGAUCAGUGAUUUAAAUAAAAGACUGAUCUUGGCAGAGAAUGACAAAGGUGUGGCGGAGUAUGCCCGGGACAAAGCCAUGAGGGCCAAGCAGGAGGCUGAGUUUGCCAGAAACGAGGCUGAGGCUGCCAAGGAAACGGCCGAGGAUGAGGGUUACAAUGCGGGGGUAGCUGACACCCAUGCCUCCCUCAAAGCCCAAAUUCCCGGACGAGCUGGGGUGGAUGCUUCGUCCGAUUUGUGGAAAGCGGAGAACAUAUUCUACCCUACAGCCAUCCGUGAGGCCACCUCCACCAGCUCUAAGGCUGUGAGCGACCAACAUGAGGGAGGGGUCACUCAGUCGGAAACUGUACAGGUCGGCGCCUCUCCUGGCGAGCCGUUUAAAGGGGGAGAGUUUCAGGAUGUGAUAGAAGCAUCUCAGCGUACGGAUCCCGAGAUACCUAAAGAGGUUGCUAAGCAUGUGGUCGGCACUCAGGUGCCUAAUGCCGAAGAGCCAGCCAUACUUGCCCAGCCCCUACAGGCAAUUCCCCUUGCUGUGGUCCCCAAGAACAUCGACACCGAUCUUGCUCAGUCUUCCCCAGAAGGGACUGUCCUCCAGGGCGUCGAAGUUGAUCCCGUUCCACCUUCUUAG